UCUUCCGGUUUCAGAAACAGUCCUAUUCCUGUUGUAAACACAUCGCUUUGGGUGGUGGAGGUGUGCCUGACAGUUAUAAAUAAUUAAAAACAACUCAUUUUUCAUUUCAAUAUUUUUGCAUAUAGUUAAAUCGCUAACAAUGAAGAAGUUUUUCGAUGACAUCAAGAAGGAUAUAAAGUUCAAGUCAGCAGGGCCAGGAAAGAAACUUACAGAAGACACAAGCUCUAAACCUGAAGCCUCGCAGGUUGCUCACGGGGCGCCCAGAAAAGCGCCCACAAAAGCGCCCACGAAGGGUGCACAGAUGGCAGGGGCCGCCGCCCUUGCCAGGAUCGAGCAGCAGCACCGGCCAAAAGUGCAAACAUCACAGGAUGCCAUAAGGAAUCAGGUGAAGCGAGAACUUGAAGCAGAGGCAGCUGCCAUAGCGGCCAGUCAGAAGAACACAGAUAUUGAGGGCUCUGGGGUUCCACAGAAGGAUCAAUCUUGUUUCUCAGUGUCAGGAGUGUUCUUCAUCUGUCCUCUGACUGGAAAAACCUUAACAAAGACUGAAAGAGAGAUGCACAUCAAGGAAGCUAUUCUUAUGAGGUUCUCAGAUGAUGCAUUGGAGGCCUCCAUUAUGAUGAUUCACACCUUCAAUAAAGACAAAGAGAAAGUAAAGGCCGCCAUUGACAUCAUUAGCAAGUACAUCGAAAAUAUCUGUAAGAAUCCGACUGAGGAGAAGUAUCGGAAGAUCAAGCUUAGCAACAAAGUGUUUCAGGAGAAGGUCAGUGUGAUUGAAGGAUCUCGUGAGUAUCUUCAGGCCGUGGGAUUUGAAAGCACCGCGCUGCCGGUAGAUGGCGAAGAUAGGACUGAGGAGUACCUGAUGUUACCGCCACAGGAAUCGGAUGCUCUGGAGCAGAUAAAGGUUCAUUUGGAGCGGCUGCAGAAAGGCGAGCCAGUCAGAGCGAAGCUGGACCGCCAGCCGCAGGUCUUCAGACCGUCGCAGCAUGCUACACACUUCGAGUUGCCCCCAGACUUCUACAAUCUGACUGCGGAGGAACUGAAGAAAGAAAUGCAAUUGAAGAAUGAAAUUGUAGAGAGAAACGCAAUGCUGCGAACGAAAGCCAUGCGUGAAAAAGAUGAGCAGAGAGAGAGAAGAAAGUAUAACUACGCCCUUCUGAGAGUGCGGUUACCAGAUGGAAGUAUACUUCAGGGUACUUUCCUGGCAUGGGAGAAGGUGGCAGCGUUGUACCAGUUUGUGCGUGAUUCGCUGGAGAAUGGCUGGCAGCCCUUUGAGCUGGUGGCACCUGGAGGACAAAAACUGAAAGACGACGAGUCGGCUCUGAAUGAGUGCAACCUGGCCCCAGCAGCUCUGCUGACCUUCACGUGGGACGCGGCAGUGCUGGCAGACAUUGCUGCCGCAGGAGGAAAGACUGCUGCUCUGCUUAAACCAGCAUUAUUAGAGAACAUCAAGACCAUGAGCUGAACAUUUAGUCUUGCUUUCUCCCCGGUCACUGCUGUCCCGCCUGCGUUCUCUUGCCGCUCCUAGUGACUUUCUCUCCCAUCGUCCACAACCCCACACGGUUUCAUAGGAUGAGCAAGAUACAUUGGUUGUGUCCACAACAUGUGUUAGAUGGAUUUAUAUAGUGCUAACCACAGGAGUUGUUUUCCUGUCAGUGAUGUAUUAUGGAAAGUGUAAGCACCUUAAGGGCCUCAAUAAUCUGUCCUAUUAUAAUGCAUUGUUGCUUAAAGUAACAUGACCAGUCAUCAUAUGAUAAUGGAAGAAGCUCCGUUUGUGCACUGUGCCGCUGUCAGACUGGAAAUGAUCUGUAAGUGGAUCUGUUGUAAUUUAAAGCACUUUUUAGUUAUUGCUUAUAGAGAAAUGUUGAUUAAUGUACCAUAAAAUCUCAUUGUGACAACGGUUUGAAAUUGAUCUAACAUGAGCACUACCAAGUUAAGAUUGUCUUUUGUGUUGUAUUGAGGUUCUGUUUCCUGCUUAACAAAAAUGAGACUAUGCAUGAAUGUUAUAACGCAACUUAGACAAAACGCUCUGGGGUGCGUUUCCCGAAAGCAUCAUUAGCCAACUAUGGUCGUAAGUCACAUUGAACUCUAUUGGUAAAGACGGAACUUGCGACCAUAGUUCGCUUUGGGAAACGCACCCCUGUUCUGAAACAACGAUCUACCUCCUAAUACAGAUAAAUGUCAGUUCAUUUCAGCUGUCACCAUGUCAUUUGACUUACAUAAUUAAGCCCAAAGUAUUUGUUUUUACACAUGCAACACGUUUGACGUAAAUUUUAUCAACUACAUAGUAAGCUCGCACCCAGAUCUUCCCCCCAAUUGCAUAUACUAUACGCUCACCUUGCACAUGAAAUUUUUUUGCAAUAAUGAUUUUGUCCACAAGGUGCCAACACUGGCGACCAUGGUGUCACAAUUGAAAAGAAAUGCUCUUUGUCAUUGACAAGCACUUGUGGGAGGGGGUUAAGAGAAACUCUAGUUUAAAUGAGUAUAAAGACAUUAUCGCUCAUAACUUCUGGAGAGAAAGAGUGCAGACACUGGACAAGAAUGAAACUUUCUAUUAUGCAUGUGUGAGCAUCUGUUAAUGCACACAAUCCAAUCGAGUAUACUUUGAAAGGCUGUGUUCACAUCAAAACUCCAGCUUAUUUUUCAAACUGGAAGUAAGCUGUUUACUGUGAAUAUGCAAGACUUCAAAUUCAUUAGCCACUAUAGGUAAAUAAGUAGAAGAAUAACGGCAGUAAACUGUAAAACUAUUUUAGCUACAAACCAGUGCAUUUAUGAUUAUGACAAAAAGGCACCCGCUCUGAUGGAAAAAAGUGAAGUGGAUACUAUAAUGCUCACUGAUUAAACCAUGCUAUAUUGUUGAAAAUGAACCAUGGUUGUAUUUUACACUCACUCAAAUUUGUAGAGUUUAAAUGUUGUGUUCUAAUGCUUUUGAUGUGAUGUCUGAAAUAAAAUGCAUUGUCAGAUAA